CCUCGGCGACCUCCGGGGAUCCGAGUUUGCAGACUACGUGUGUGCGCAGCUAGCCACCUCAGGUGUUUGAACCAUGACCCCUUUACUCCUCCUGGCUGUCCUCUGCUUGGGAACAGCCUUAGCCACUCCAAAAUUUGAUCAAACGUUUAAUGCACAGUGGCACCAGUGGAAGUCCACACACAGAAGACUGUAUGGCACGAAUGAGGAAGAGUGGAGGAGAGCAGUGUGGGAGAAGAACAUGAGGAUGAUCCAGCUACACAAUGGGGAGUACAGCAACGGGAAGCACGGCUUUACCAUGGAGAUGAACGCCUUCGGUGACAUGACCAAUGAGGAAUUCAGGCAGAUAGUGAAUGGCUAUCGCCACCAGAAGCACAAGAAGGGAAGGUUAUUUCAGGAACCUCUGAUGCUGCAGAUCCCCAAGACUGUGGACUGGAGAGAAAAGGGUUGUGUGACUCCUGUGAAGAAUCAGGGCCAGUGUGGUUCUUGCUGGGCUUUUAGCGCAUCGGGUUGCCUAGAAGGACAGAUGUUCCUUAAGACUGGCAAACUGAUCUCACUGAGUGAACAGAACCUUGUGGACUGUUCUCACGAUCAAGGCAAUCAGGGCUGUAAUGGAGGCCUGAUGGAUUUUGCUUUCCAGUACAUUAAGGAAAAUGGAGGUCUGGACUCAGAGGAGUCUUAUCCCUAUGAAGCAAAGGAUGGAUCUUGUAAAUACAGAGCUGAGUAUGCUGUGGCUAACGACACAGGGUUUGUGGAUAUCCCUCAGCAAGAGAAAGCCCUCAUGAAGGCUGUAGCGACGGUGGGGCCUAUUUCUGUUGCCAUGGAUGCAAGCCAUCCGUCUCUCCAGUUCUAUAGUUCAGGUAUCUACUAUGAACCCAACUGUAGCAGCAAGGACCUCGACCAUGGGGUUCUGGUGGUUGGCUAUGGUUAUGAAGGAACAGAUUCAAAUAAGGAUAAAUACUGGCUUGUCAAAAACAGCUGGGGUAAAGAAUGGGGUAUGGAUGGCUACAUCAAAAUAGCCAAAGACCGGAACAACCACUGCGGACUUGCCACCGCAGCCAGCUAUCCUAUCGUGAAUUGAUGGACAGCGAUAAUAAGGACUUACGGACACUACAUCCGAAGGAGUUCAUCUUAAAACUGACCAAACCCGUCUCUGAGUGAGACCAUGGUACUUGAAUCGUUCAGGAUCCAAGUCACGAUUUAAAUUCUGUUGACAUUUUUACAUGGGUUAAAUGUUACCACUACUUAAAACUCCUGUUAUAAACAGCUUUAUAAUAUUGGACACUUAAUGCUUAAUUCUGAUUCUGGAAUAUUUGUUUUAUAAAAGUUGUAUAAAACUUUCUUUACCUUUUAAAAAUAAAUUUUAGCUCAGUGCA